AAUUGUCAAUAAGACAAUCGAUAUUGAUGUUUUAAACAUUGUCAACAACCCUAGUUGACGUAACAGCAAACAGCUGAUCGGAACGAAAGCAAGGCAACAAAUAAAAUGCGUGUUCCCACUGCUGUAUAUGCGGCACGCGGCCGCCAAGCACAGAAUGAAAAGGAUGUGCCCUUUCAGGAAAUUUUACCACUGCGACUAAAGAACACGGUGAGCGGCAAAGCCGACAGUGGCUCGGAUGUCGCUUGCUUGCAAGAGAUGGGUGUGCUAUUUGCUUGCCUUAAGGACAAUGAGUUUGUGGAGAAAUACUGCCACAAAGAGAUUAGUCAGUUCAAGAACUGUUACAAGUUCUACAUGGAUCGCAAAUUAGAGGCGAAGAAGACGGUUAACCAGGGCAUUGUAACGCCGGGCAACAAUCUAAACUACAAACAGCUAAAUAAAUACCUGCGACGCUUUCCCAAUCCAGUGUAGUGCGGCUUAGUACAUAAUAUAUUUGUUGCAUUCUUUAAUAAAAUAUUUACAAA